UGGCACUUCUUGAAUUUGUCCCGCGGAUGCCUGAGAGAGGGGAAGCUCCUCCGCUUGCAAACACUGCAAAAGUAGACAGGACGCGAGGGCGAUGCGCACAGGAGCGGACGUGGUGAGCCGGAGCGAUUUUCGAGGACAAGGAGACGAAAAAGCGCAAAAGAGGAGCGGAAAAAGCCUGAUCAGAAAUCUGUUUUAGACUCAGCGCCUCCCCAAAACAGCUUAUUCAGAGGACGGAGGAGGUCGCCUGGUGGGGGGGGUAAACCGUCUCCGUCUGUUGGUGGGUUCUGCAGGACGCUCCUAGUCCAGACGCGGCCGUGCGCUCCGAUCAUGGACCACCAACCCUGAACCGGACGCAAACAAGUCCACCGUGCUUUAGACAAAAUGGGCUGUUUUUUUUCCACGGUGGAGUCGAGGGUUUUCCUGUAACAUCAGAGGAAAGAGGAGGAGGUGGAGGGGGGGGAUCAUGGCAGGGGUACACGCUUCAGAUGCCGGAUCGGGACAUUUUCUGGAUCCCUUAGCCCAGGGCGCGACCAACGCAGCGGGAGUCGCCGGAGAUGCGGCCGCGCUUCCUCCAACCGGUACCCGGACAUAUCUGGAGGUGUCUGCCGCUGCCCAGGGCUACGGGGCCGAGGGAGUUUACACCAAUGGACGCUACAGGGAACACAGCAGUCCAAGGAUCGGGAGUGGCAGCCGCGAUAAUUCCGCCGAGAGAAGUCAGGGAGGUGGAAACGUACCUUGCGGCAUCAUGAAGGAUGGUUCCAAACAGAGGCAGGUGAGGAAGAAGACGGUUUCCUUCAGCUCAAUGCCAAGUGACCGCAAGAUUAACAGCACAGCUGCUUGCAUGGCCUUCAUGAUGGAGGGUUGUGAAAUGAAGAAGGUGCGCUCCAACUCACGCAUGUACAACCGAUACUUCCUGCUGGAUCCAGACAUGCACUGGCUUAGAUGGGAGCCUUCCAAAAAGGACUCGGAGAAGGCCAAAUUGGAGAUCAAGAGCAUUAAGGAGGUUCGCUUAGGAAAGAAAACUCCAGUUCUCCGCAGCAAUGGCCUCUCAGAUCAGUUCCCUGAUGAGUGUGCCUUUUCAAUCAUCUAUGGGGAUAACUAUGAAUCCUUAGAUUUGGUAGCCAGUACGGCAGACGUUGUCAGCACCUGGGUGAUGGGCCUGAGGUAUCUGGUUUCUUAUGGACGACACACUGUAGACAUGGUUGAACCUAGUCAGCCAAGUUUACGAACGUCCUGGAUCGGCUCAGUGUUUGAGCUUGCAGAUAUGGAAAAAGAAGGACAUAUAGACCUCUUCAGGGCCACUCAGAUAAUCAAGGGGCUUAACCCUGGAAUGAAAGAGUCGAGAAUAGAGCUGAAGUUCAAAGAACUGCAGAAAGCAAAGGACCAAUAUGGAGAGGCAAUUAACAUGGACACCUUUGUGGAGGCCUACUGUGAGCUCUGCACACGACCAGAAAUUUUCUUUUUACUGGUACAAUUCUCAAGUAACAAGGAAUACCUGGACAGUAAAGAUCUGAUGUUAUUUGUGGAAGUAGAGCAGGGUGUUGAAGGUGUGACAGAAGACAUGUGCAGGGAAAUUGUGCAGAAAUUUGAGCCAUCUUCUGAAGGCAGGGAGAGGGGAUAUCUCUCUAUAGAUGGCUUCACACACUACCUCCUCUCUUCUGAAUGCCACAUCUUUGACCCCCAGCACAAGCGUGUUUGUCAGGACAUGAACCAGCCUCUGUCCCACUACUACAUCAACUCGUCACAUAAUGCCUCCCUUCUGGAGGACCACUUCUGGGGUUCAUCUGAUAUCAGCAGCUACAUCCGAGCCCUGAGGAUGGGCUGUCGCAGCAUUGAAGUCAUCGUCUGGAAUGGCCCUGAUAAUGAACCAGUGGUGUAUGUGGGAAGUUCUGUUGCCUCACAGCUAGCGUUCUCUAAAGUCCUGGAUAUUAUAAACCAGUAUGCUUUUGAAAGUUCUGAGUAUCCUCUGAUACUCUGCUUAGUGACCCAUUGCUGCAUCCCCCAGCAAAGAGUCAUGGCCCAGCACAUGAAGAAGAUUCUUGGAGAUAAGUUGUACACUGAACCUCCGAAUAAGGAGGAAAACUACCUACCAUCUCCUGAGAAACUCAAGGGCAAAAUCCUCCUGAAGGGUAAGAGGCUCCCACCUAACUGCACUGACAAUGAGGGGGAUGUGACAGAUGAAGAGGAGGGUCUGGAAAUGUCACGAAGAGUAGGAGCUGAUGAGAAGGACCAGCUAAAUGGCUUGGGCUGCAAGAGGCUCAGGCUGUGCAGAGAGCUAUCUGAUCUGGUAUCUCUGUGCAAGUCAGUUCACUUCAGGGACUUUGAGAUCUCUAAGAGGGAGCAAAAACACUGGGAGAUUUGCUCCUUCAAUGAGGUAGAUGCCAACAGGUUUGCCAAUGAGUUUCCAGAGGAAUUUGUCUGUUAUAACAAGCGCUUUCUCUCCAGGGUAUAUCCCACACCAAUGAGAAUUGAUGCCAGUAAUAUGAACCCUCAGGAUUUCUGGAAGUGUGGUUGCCAGAUUGUGGCCAUGAACUAUCAGACCCCAGGGCUGAUGAUGGACCUCAACUUGGGCUGGUUCAGACAGAAUGGCAACUGCGGGUAUGUGUUGCGGCCAGCCAUCAUGAGGGAGGAGGUGUCCUACUUCAGUGCCAAUGCUAGAGACUCCCUGCCAGGGGUUUCUGCCCAGCUUCUUCACAUCAAGGUCAUCAGCGGACAGAAUUUGCCCAAGCCCCGUGGCUCUGCUGCUAAGGGCGAUGUGGUGGAGCCCUACAUUUAUGUGGAGAUUCAUGGUAUCCCGGCUGACUGUGCAGAGCAAAGAACCAAGACUGUGUCCCAAAAUGGUGACAACCCUAUUUUUGAUGAGAGUUUUGAAUUCCAAAUCAACUUACCAGAACUUGCCGUGCUGCGCUUUGUGGUGCUGGAUGAUGACUACAUUGGAGACGAGUUCAUUGGCCAGUACACCAUCCCCUUUGAGUGCCUACAGCCAGGCUACCGACAUGUUCCCUUACAGUCUCUGACAGGGGAAUUCCUACCCAACACCACCCUGUUUGUUCACGUAGCCAUCACUAACAGACGAGGAGGAGGAAAGGCACAUAAAAGGGGUAUAUCUGUCAGGAAGGGUAGGAAGGCCCGGGAGUACACCACCACCAAGACCACAGGGAUCAAAGUAGUGGACGAGCUCUUCAGAGCCUCCACCCAGCCCCUCAGGGAGGCCACAGACCUCAGAGAAAAUGUGCAGAAUGCCAUGGUGUCCUUCAAGGAGCUGUGUGGCCUAACCCCUGCGGCCAACAUGAAGCAGUGUAUCCUGACCGUGUCGACCUGGCUGAUGAACAGCGAGCGCUCCCUGAAGGUUACGGUGGACCUGAGCGAGACCUACCCCACCAUGGAGGCUCAGGGUCCAGUACCUGAACUACUGCGCAAAGUCCUCAAUGCAUAUGACAUGAUGAUCCAAACCAGCAGAACCCUGAUCGAGUCGGCCGACGUGGUCUAUUCCAAGCUCACACAAGCACAACGGGCAGGUCUGGACUUCCACGAGGACCUGCAUCGCAUCGGAGCAAAAGAAGGUCUGAAGGGUCGUAAGCUUCAGAAGGCCAUGGAGAGCUACGCUUGGAACAUCACUGUGCUCAAGGGUCAGGCAGACUUACUGAAACAUGCUAAGAGUGAAGCCCUGGACACUCUGCGGCAGAUCCACUGUGCAGCUCAGUCCUGUGGCCUCAGUAAGAACGGAGCAGCAUCUCCACAGCUUCAGCACCACCCGCAUCACCAGCCCCAGCAGCAGGUCCAGACGCAGCAGCAGCAGCAGCCGCCGCCGCCGCCUCAGGCCAAGAUCCACCCACAGCCUCCGCCACCGCCGCUACCCCACUACCAACCCCAGACCACACCUCCGGCUUAUCUCCACCCACAAACCCUGCCGCCUCUCCAGCUCCCUGCGCUUCCUCUGGUUCAAACUGUUACAAAACCGCCGGCUUAUCCUCAGCCCCCGCCCUUACCCCAGCUUCAGCUCCAGAGCCAGCAGCAGAGGGCAGCGGCACCUCUAGACGCCAUCCCCGAGAAGGAGAUGGUGGGUGGGGAUGAUCCGGCGGGGUCCUGCUGACCCGCAGCCUGUGCCCACAGAGAAACCUGCCAAGAGAGAGACAGCGAUAGGAAGGUAGAUACAGGAAAAGACGCGGAGGGAAAACAGGAAGCAGCGAUGGUCGCCAGUAAGGGAAGGGAGGUGGAGGAAGUAACGGAGAGAUUAACAGAUCUGGUGAUGGUGAGGAGGGCUCGUCGUGUUCGCAGUGAGACUCAGGUCUAAGAUCAGGUGGGAAGGUUUGACCAGAGGGUUUAGUCAGAGACCGGAGAGACAGACUUCUGAACUACGAACUGGAAA